AAAUUUUGAUCUUACGUUCUCUUUCUAACACACGGGUACGCCGUAUGCAGUAGCGCCAAACAGUUUAACAGUAAUUUUUACAUAAUUUAGCCGGAUAGCAUUCGAAAUUGACAACGGAAAGUAGCAACAAACUUGUACAAACAAUUUACAGGCGUGGCUUUUUGAUAAAAACAAGGAUUCAUGAAUUAAAUACUAAACGAAACAUGUUUAAUGUGAUCUGUACGCCAUAAUAGCAAGCCGGUAGUGUUAUGUAUUGCGUGGUAACUGUUGGAAAGGUGUCUGAAUACGUAAACAUUUAGGGCGUCAACUGCCGUAAAUUUAACACGAAUUAAAUAUGUACGGAAGAAAAACGCCGUCAACUUAUCGAUCUACACCUUCCGUGUAUUCUCAUUACACUGGAAAAUCAUCAACAAACCUUCGAUCCUCAAAAUCAGUGAGGUCACUAAGAUUGCCGUGGUACCAGAAGCCGAUACUCCAUGAUGCAUACUUCCUGGACUUGCAGAGGGGGUCCUUACUCACCGGAUUCUUCACUCUGUUCCUAGCCCUCUUCACUUUCGGCGAGAGUAUCUUCGACUUAUACUGCUUGUAUAUGGCAACACCAGGCUUCACUCACACCGGAUAUUACGUCAUAAGCUACCAGUUCGUCUAUGUUGGGAGUCCACCAGUACGCAAUGUGUUGAUCAUAUUCGCGCUAUUUUCGUGGCUGGGGUCAGUAGUGGUGCUAGUCACCAGUAUAAUACUGAUUAAUGCACUCAGAAAGGAGUACGAGAAACGCAUUGUCCCAUGGCUGUAUUCCUUCGGUGUCUUCAUAAUAUUCCGUCUCAUAGCGUUCAUCUUCGCGUCCAUAGUCAACGACAUGAUAUUCGCGUACAAUGUCUUCAUGUGUCUAUUCUGGAUAGUCUUCUGUGUGGUCGGAGUCUAUGGCUGGGUCCUGGUCUAUAGCUUGUAUCUGGAACUAGCUGAUUUGACGAAAUUAGAAGAUUUGGCGCAUUUGAGGAUGGGUACAAUGGCGUCUCUCAACGCGUCGCUGGCCGGCUCUCGCCCCACGACCCCUCACAGCACAGUCUCCACGAUGCCAGCUUCACAAAUAUGAUAUGCGGCUCCCGGGACAAAUGCCACCACUAAUCCCGUAGUCCCUUUAAGGUCCCUAUCUCCAUUGGAUAUAACCCCUUUUAAUCCCACAGCCUCCUUUAAUCCCACCCCUAUGAACCCCGAACCGGAUGAAACUACACCCCUAUCUUUGGAGACCAGCUUGGAGACACCUGUCUGAGGUAUGUUAACCUCUCAUUUGUAAAGCAAACAGAAUUUUAUACUUUUAUAUGAACUAAAGUAGGUUUGUGCAUCAGAAAUCUUAAUAAACUAGGAAUUUACUUGAACAGCAUUGUCAUGGUUUGAGUACCUUGUAUGCAUGGCUAUCUUGUUCUAACAUACUGUGUUAGAAAAGGAAAGCAAUAUAAGUGCUUGGAAUGAUAAAAUAAAUUUUUCCAUUGUAAAAAUCUUUUUCUAUUGAAAAACUUACGAAAAUGCUAAAUCACGUUACAAAUUGUAUUAGUUCAAAAUUCAAACCUCAGACAGGAAUCCAACCCGCUGCUUCUGGCUAUUCGCGCAGCUUUAACAACUAAACUGUGGGUGUUUGUGGUACCUUCAGCAACUUACUUUGGGUUCAGAACAAUGUAUGUGAUGUUGUCCGCAUUUAUUUAUUAAAACUUCUUUGGCCAAGAAUUUGUGCAAUGCAUCAUGACCUGUCGAAGAUUUGAAAUUUUGACAUUGUAUUAAAUGGCAAACACUAUACGAUUCGUAGCGUGUUAUAAUAAUAACAACUACUUUAGUUCAAUAUUUAGUACUGUUCUCAUUCUCUUCUCAAAUAGAGAAAGGACAAUAUACAAUUGUCUAAAAACUCCAAAUAUAAGUAUGUUACAAAUAAACUAUGAAGAUAUUGUUUUAAAAUAAGCCCUUAUUUGUUAUAGAAUUUCCGUCCUUAUGUUGUUGAGUUGACAACAUUAAUAUUAUUGUUUAAGAAAAUAUGGUCUUUUUAACUUGUCUUAUCUGUGGAUAUCUUGUCUAUGGUUUGACUAUCAGAGAUGGAAUUGCAAAAUGUUAUCUGGUUUAUGUGAAAGUAAGAGAGUCCGAGUGUUGUGGCGUUUAAUAGCUUUCUAGCCUUCCAAGGGAAGCGUAAUGUCUAGCAGCGGUAAUUAUAGUUUUGUCAUAGCACUUUAUCUGAUGGCCAAAUCCAUAGAUAAAUUGAAUAUUAAAAAGGGUCAAUAAUAGACAAGGGUGUUAAAAUUCAGAGUAAUUUUAGCAAAAAAAAUAAGUUAACACUAUUUUGAUUCUCUAUUUCAUAAUUUAAAAUAAGACAGCUAAAAACUAGGUUAAAUAUAUACUAUAUGUACUAUAACAGAAUAUUUUUGAAUUGUUAAUUAGACAAGUUGAAAAGACCUUUAGAAUCUCAUAUUAUUGUAUAGUAUAUAGUAUAUUAUAAUAUUGUUUAUAUAAAUUUAUUACCGCAUUUUAAUAUUAAUAAGAAUAAAGGCUGAUUUAGACGAUGUGACAUUUAUUACUCGAGUUGCGAUACAUUGGCAGUGAUGGUAUAUCUCUUUUAUACCAGAUGUGAUAGAGGAGCUCGCGGCUAAGCUACAACUUUACAAGUUGAUCGAUCACAGGUUAAGCUACGCUUGAAACGGCCGGUCCGUAGAUGGUUGACUUAUAUCAUAACGAGUUUUACCGUGUUUUGGAAGGUGCAUUGUGGAUCCUAGCUGUAAUUUUCACAUCUUUGACAGUUGUUACGUAUUGUCUGAAGCUAGAAACUCUGAGAACCAAUCUAACUCAGGGGAAUCGCGUUGCCCAGGUAACUGGGUUGAGGAGGUCAGAUAGGCAGUCGCUUCUUGUAAAACACUGGUACUUUGAUGAAUCCGGUUAGACUGGAAGGCGACCACAACAUCGUUGAAAAAGCCAGGCUGUUGAUGAUUCCAUAGCUGAUAGCUACGCAAUGUAUAACAACUCACAGAUUUCCAUCGUCCAAAUAAGCUUAAGUUACAAUUUAUAAUGUUUAUGACUUAAUAUUUUAUGUAAAACAAUGUUUUUAUUGUAUAACGCAGAAUUUUUUAUACUCUUUGUAUAAGAGGCAUCUAAGUACCAGAUCGAUCGAAUUGUAAUGCAUGUGAAAGAAACCUCUAGGAAGGUUUGUGGAGGUAGAUGCGCGGGGACUACCAUUACCUCGAGUUUAAAAAGCCUAAUAUUAAAAUAUACAGACAUAGCUCCACCCUAAUUUACACCCAUUCCUAACACCAAUCUACAGGGCCCCAAUUCUGGUAUUUACAACGGCCGAUGAAUAAAUGGCAAUGGGAUUAAAUUUCAAAUUAUUCCUGUUCUCUUAAGCAUUUUGACAGUACUAUAAUUGGAAGUUAUUUUUUUUGUCCUUGGGUGCACCGGGAUCGGGGAUGUACUGAAUGUCCAAUUAUUGUGUAGCAAAAUGCUUAAGAGAAUACGAAAAUUUUUAUUUUAAGCGAAUUUUCCAUAAUUCAUCGGCCGUUGUAAAUACCAGAAUUGGGGCCCUGUACUUGGCUGAUGACCGGGUGGCUGUGACCGCAACCUUCUUUGAGGACUGGAUCGAAGGCUGAAAGAAUAAAUUGAUGCAAUUUUUAAAGAGUUUGAUUAUGUGGGUUCGAUUCCCUUAUCCAGGUUAUUAUGUGGUUCGCAAAAGAAAAACUGUCCCGGGUAAGAAUUGUAUUUUUAAAAUUGGUAAUCUCAUAAGAUAUUUUACUAACUUAAUGUAAGUUGACGAUUUAACGAAAUUUAUAAUUAAGUGAAUAGAAAUUUGAUGAUUUAUCUAAAAUAAUGUUAAUAAUGACAUUAUGUGUGAAAAUAUUGUAAUAGUUUCAUAGAUAUUGAUGUAAUAACUGUCGUGUGUCGAAAGAUAUUUUGGAAGUAGCAUAAGACAUUCUUAAUUGUCCGUAUACAUGUCCAAUUAUACACCUUAAAGUGACAUAGACAAAAUGAGACUUAAUGGCGACUUAAAAUUGAUUUCCCUUUGACUUCUAAAAUAUGGGUUUGUUUAUACUCUGUCCGAGCAAAGUUGAUAGUUUUGGCAGGUUGUCAAGUUAUCCACGAAGCGACGGGCAGUCUGCUACUGAAUUCGAUUGAAAAUGAGAUCAAAUCGUUUCAAAGUGUAAUAUUAUUGUCGAUUGCUUUUAUGAAUUCAAAUAGUUUUAUAUUUAAUAAUUACGAAUAUAAAAAUGUCGCCUUCAGCUGUCAGGUUGUCCUUGUCAUUCUCAGGUGGAAAGUUGAGACAAACAUAGUGGUUUCUUAGGUUUACGCGAAUGUUAGACAUUGAAAUGAAACUACUUACAGUAGUUUCAUUUCAAUUGAGACAAACAGACAUUUUAGAACGCCACUUAGAGUAUCAUUCCUGCAGACAACUUAAUUUCUCGAAUAUAUCAACAAUUUAUAUAAUUAAGUUAAAUAUUCCCAUAAACCUGAUUAUAUCUCAAGUAUUUUUUUACUUCUGUAUUUCAACUUCGACAGUCAAAUAACUGACCAUGAUAUAUGUAUUUGUAAGAUAAUAUAGUUUCUAACGAUGUCUAUGAGUAGUAGAUAUUCUAUAAUUAUGUUUAAAAAUAAUCCCAUAUGACUGCCGUUAUGCCAUAUAACAAGUAUUAAAUCAAUGUUUGUGCCUUUAUAGUGCCUUGAGAAUAUGCACAAAAUAAAAUCGCUUUUUUAACUAGGUUUUUUAAUAAAAAUAAGGAAAGUAACAGAUUAAUUAUUUGGAAUUAAAUUGAUAUCAGAUCAUUCCAGAAACCUUUAUGACCUACAGAUAUACGGUUUAAGACAUUUAAGAUGUUUGUCAUUCUAGUUUUAAUUAAAUUGUACCGGCAUAUCAUAUACCUAUACAUGUAUAAAAAAAAAAAAGCCGAUUUGUAUAUUUAAUCAAAACAUAUCUAAAACACAUGCCUCUUCUGUUACAUUUUAAGACUGUGCCAAUCAUCCCUUGAAGGUAAGACUUGCAAUUGUGGAAGAAAGAUACGCUCGUAUACGCUUAUAUAACUCUAUUUCACUCCCACAAAUACCAGUCUUACUAAACAAGCGGUGGUUAGACAAAGUUACAUCGCUUUGAAAAUAAAACUAAAGAUUUUUUGUUGAGUGACUUUAACUCAGUCCAAUACAUUUAAGUGAUUUGUCAGCUGUACCGAUCAUGGCCCCAAUUCUGCUAUUUAAAAUGGCCGAUGAAUGAAUGAAAAUUGGCUUAAAAUGACAUUUUUUUUCUUGUUU